AAAAAAGGGAAUUGUGAAGUGAAAAAAAUGAUGUUGAAGGGAGGUGGUCCGAAACAGAAAAGCGCGUUCGUCUCCUAUAAAACUUGCUAAUCUCUCUCUUUCCCCCUUCCUUUUCUCUCCACACUUAUCACGCCACCUCACCUUCUUUCCCCCUCCUCGCUGGAUAUUCCUCCCAUGGAUAUCCGUCGGAGGCCUCCCAAACCGCCGGUUAACCCCGACGGCUCCUACCGCUUCCACAAGGAUCGCUCUCCUUCCUCCGACGACGACCAUCGCCGCACCGCUAUUGCUCCUCCUCCCAAGGCCUCCGAUGCGCUCCCCCUCCCUCUCUACCUCACCAACGCCGUCUUCUUCACCCUCUUCUUCUCCGUCGCCUAUUAUCUCCUCCACCGGUGGCGCGACAAGAUCCGUUACAACACGCCUCUCCACGUCGUCACGGUCACCGAGCUCGGCGCCCUUAUAGCCCUCAUCGCCUCUUUCAUCUACCUCCUAGGGUUUUUCGGCAUUGACUUUGUUCAGUCAUUCACCUCACGCGCCUCCGGUGACUCCUGGGAUCUCGCCGAUACCAACGGUGCCGACAGGAAUUUCCUCAUCGACGACGACCACCGCCUCGUCACCUGCUCUCCUCCGCCACCGAUCGUUUCCGUCGCCAAGUUACCCAAUCCGGAGCCCAUCGUCACGGAGUCGCUUCCCGAGGAAGACGAAGAGAUUGUGAAAUCGGUCAUCGCCGGCUCGAUCCCAUCCUACUCGCUCGAAUCCCGUCUCGGCGAUUGCAAGAGAGCGGCGUCGAUCCGGAGAGAGUCGCUGCAGAGGAUAACGGGGAGAUCGAUCGAAGGGUUGCCGUUGGACGGAUUUGAUUACGAGUCGAUAUUGGGGCAAUGCUGCGAGAUGCCUGUAGGGUACGUGCAGAUUCCGGUGGGGAUCGCCGGACCGUUGUUGCUCGAUGGAUACGAGUAUUCGGUUCCGAUGGCCACGACGGAAGGGUGUUUGGUUGCCAGCACCAACAGAGGCUGCAAGGCCAUGUAUAUCUCCGGCGGAGCGACCAGCACGGUUCUCAAGGACGGCAUGACGCGAGCACCCGUCGUCCGGUUCGCGUCGGCGAGACGAGCCGCGGAGCUCAAGUUUUUCUUGGAGAAUCCAGAGAACUUCGACACCUUGGCCGUCGUUUUCAACAGGUCGAGUAGAUUCGCGAGGCUGCAAAGUGUAAAGUGCGCAAUCGCUGGGAAGAAUGCUUAUGUACGUUUCAGCUGUAGCACUGGUGAUGCCAUGGGGAUGAAUAUGGUCUCCAAAGGUGUGCAGAACGUUCUCGAGUUCCUCACCGAUGACUUUCCCGACAUGGAUGUGAUCGGGAUCUCCGGUAACUACUGUUCGGACAAGAAACCCGCUGCUGUGAACUGGAUCGAGGGACGGGGCAAGUCAGUUGUUUGCGAGGCAGUGAUCAGAGGGGAUAUCGUGAACAAGGUCUUGAAGACGAGCGUGGCUGCUUUGGUGGAGCUCAAUAUGCUAAAGAACCUCACGGGCUCUGCUGUUGCAGGCUCUCUAGGUGGGUUCAACGCGCACGCCAGCAACAUAGUCUCUGCUGUAUUCAUAGCCACUGGGCAAGAUCCAGCUCAAAACGUGGAGAGCUCUCAGUGCAUCACGAUGAUGGAAGCUAUAAACGACGGCAAAGAUAUCCAUAUCUCUGUCACUAUGCCAUCUAUUGAGGUAGGGACAGUGGGAGGAGGAACACAGCUUGCGUCACAGUCAGCGUGUUUAAACCUGCUGGGAGUGAAAGGAGCGAGCACAGAGUCGCCGGGGAUGAACUCGAGGAGGCUAGCGACGAUAGUGGCCGGAGCAGUAUUGGCCGGAGAGUUAUCGCUAAUGUCAGCAAUAGCAGCUGGACAACUGGUGAGGAGUCACAUGAAAUACAAUAGAUCCAGCAGAGACAUCUCUGGAGCAACGACAGCGACAACAACAUGAUCUGAAUCAUCAUCUUCAUCCUCUCUCUCUGGGCCAAAAACUCAGACAAAAAUCCAAAGAAGGCAGGCUUUUACAACUCAUUCACUCUCUCUCUCUCUCUCUCUCUCUCUCUCUGGUGGAGGACAGAUUAAAGCCAUGUGCGUGCCUUCUUUUGUUCAAUAAAAACUUAAUUUUUUGUUUUUGUUCGACUUGAAUCUUUUUUUUUGUUUCUCUUUUUUUGGGGGGGAUUAAGGGUGAGAAAGAGAGGGAGAGAGAUUUGGGAAUUUUCAAUUCUCGCUCUUUCCUCGUUCUCUCUCUCAUGGAUAAUUCGUGUUUCUCUUUGAGCUUUGUCUAAGCUUUGUCUUGUUUGUUAGGAAAGUGAUGUCUAUAUGAUAAAAAAGAAUGUAUGAAGUUGCGUUUGGGGACAUGAGUUGCACUCUCUGAGAAUUUUUCUUCUGUUUGUUACUUCAUUUAUAUAUAUAUAUAUAUAUAUAUAUAUAUUUUACUUAUAUAUAUGAAAAAAUUCCCUGUGUGUUGGGACAUCUC